AAGAUGAAUACAAGACCUUGAAGCCAAAGAAAGUGGCGCAUAAUUAUGGAGUUCCAGCCAAAGAGCUCUUCACCUACUGGCAGAAGGAGAUCAAUUGCGAUAAGGCGGUGCAAUCUUUGCCCCGGGCCUUGGUGAUGAUCGUCUUUUUCGCGCUCAUGCUGAUGAGCCACCAGAUGCUGGGGAAGGCGCAGAGCAUAGAGGGAGCGAUCCGCUCCGACAUCGAAGAGAACGCCAAUUUUGCCUACAACGAGAUUGGCACCUUCGGGCAUAAGAAUAUCAACGAUGUCAAUAGCUUUGCGGACUUCUAUUCCUGGUUUCGCCUUGGCUUUGCGGCGAUCUACAUGCCACAAACUAAGUGGGUCUCCGAAAGCUCCAAAAUCCAUCCAGCGGAGCUCACCUUCGAAGAGACACAGACCUAUUUAGAGCUGAACCGAAAGCUUGGACCAGUGAAGUUGUCGCAGCAGAGUGCAGAGGUGGGCGAGUGCGAAAACUUCGCGUUCAUGGGAAAUCUCGAUCCUACAUUCACACCCGAGAGCUGCUACCAUUUAGGGCAUGAGUUUUAUAUCCAGCCCUCGGCGUUUGACCUGGAGUUCAAAGGAUUCAAGGAGGAUCAGAACAAAACAGUUUGGUUUCCCAACGAUGUGGAUGUGACCGAGUGGAUCGAAUACCUGGAGAAUACCUCUUGGUUGACUCCCAGAACCGACCAUUGGAAGAUCACCAUGGUCCUCUACAACCCGCACUAUGACAUCAUGACGGUCACAGAGAUCCACUUCGUGUUGGCACGCUCUGGAAAGAUCUGGAAGGAGAUUAGCUUCUUGUCCUUAAAGUUGGAGCCCUACGCCAACCGCUGGACGGUCGUCCCGGAGGUCUUCUUCUACGGAUGUAUCUUGAGCAUCUUAGUGGAGCAAGGGCGCGACGUCAUCGGCCGACUUCGCACUGGACAUCUCCAUUGUCGGACCUUCCUAUGGGAGUACUUCAAUGUGUGGAAUCUCAUCGACUGGAUCUCCGUGACCGCCAGCUGCAUCUACCUAGGCAUGUGGAUCAAGACCAAUUUGGAUCGAGGCCACUUGCAGGAGUCCUUCGAGAUGGUCGUGGAAUUCUGCAACUCCGGCGACAUGGAGCGGUGCCUGCUGGGACAAGGUGAACUCUUCGAGAUGACCAAGAGGGUGGGUAUGGCUGCGGCCUGGACCAACUUAGCACCUUGGAGUCCAGUUUCUAUCCUUUCUGCAUUCUCCUGCGCCUCUUCGAGGCCUUUUCGCUCCAGCCACGCUUGGCGGUGGUGA